CUCGUGAUUCAGGAAACAUCAAAGCAGCUAUAAUCUUUUUUAAUUUAGAUUCCAUAUCUUUGCAUUAGUAUUAUGUAGAACAUUAUCGCUCUCUAUUGGACUGUCAGAAUUGUGCUUGGCCAGAGGCAGGCUGAGGUAGCUUUAAGAAGUAUUUUCCGUAUUCCCCUUAUUGGAUGUUAGAGAUGCGUGCUGUGCACCAAUAGAAUGUAGAACUGUACAAAGAGAUCUCUUCCCUCCCCCAGCCUCAGCACCCUAACCCUUACAAAAGAGUUGAUCGGGAGAGGGAUGCGCUUUCAUACGGGGGACAUACAAAAUAACUGAAACACCUUAUUGUUUCCGUGAUAGAAAAUUAACAGGAAAAUGCAUUCUGGAGAUGGAUAUUGAUAUGAAGGUCUUUGUUCUGUGCUCUAUGUCGAUAGAACUGGUUUUGUAAAGAAUCAGGGAUGACAAAGAGAAUGGGAUACCGAGACUGGAGAUCGCUGCCUCUUUGGUGGCAUCAUUUCUUUCUGUUAUGGAUUACAAUAGACGGACAGACUCGCUACACCAUCCCGGAAGAACUGAAAAGGGGCUCUGUGGUAGGAAAUCUUGCCAAAGAUCUGGGAUUGGGACUAUCUGAGAUUUUUGAUCGUAAGCUUCGUGUUGCCUCUGAUGCUGAUGAACACUAUUUCAGUGUGGAGGCGGGGAAGGGCGAGUUAGUCGUCAAUGAGAGAAUAGACAGGGAGACGUUAUGCGAACAAGAAAUCCGUUGUGUGUUGCCUUUGCAAGUGAUCAUCGACAGUCCGUUGCAAUUAUAUCGCGUUGAAGUGGAAAUACAGGAUAUAAAUGAUAACGGCCCAGUAUUUGCAAAAACCGAGCAUGUUUUAAAUAUAGCUGAAUCCACAGUUGCUGGUAAGAGGUUUCCUCUAAAAAGUGCAGAGGAUCCUGACGUAGGAACUAAUGCAUUAAAAAAUUAUAAACUUAAUCAGAACGAGCACUUUAUUUUGAAUAUCAAAUCGAACAAAGACGGGGUCAAAAUUCCAGAGUUAGUAUUACAAAAAGGAUUGGAUAGAGAAAAACUUUCUGUUCAUUAUCUCGUUCUCACUGCUCUAGAUGGGGGGAACCCAGUCCGCUCUGGAACAACAGAGAUCACUGUUAAUGUUCUCGAUAAUAACGAUAAUGCACCACAGUUUGAGAAAAUGCUGUACGAAAUGUCCGUUAGAGAAGAUUCAGAAAAGGGUAAAGUGAUUGUUAAGGUUAAAGCAAUAGAUAUUGACGAUGGGGAGAAUGGUGAGGUGGUUUACUCGUUUGCGGAGGACACAUCGAAAACGACACUAAACACCUUCCUGAUCAAUUCUGAAACUGGUGCGAUAUCUGUUAAGGAUGUUUUGGACUACGAAAGAUCUAAGAAAUAUGAAUUUGACAUUAGGGCCAAUGACAAGGGAACACCCGUAAUGGACAGCCAUUGUACAGUGCAUAUUGAUAUUCAAGACAUAAACGAUAACUCUCCAGAAAUCCUCCUCACCUCCGUAUCCAGUCCGGUCAGGGAGGAUUCACUUAUAGGCACUGUAGUUGCAUUAAUCAGCGCUAAAGACAUUGAUUCUGGGAACAAUGGUAAAACCAGUUUGACUUUAUCUACGAGAUGUCCCUUUAAAUUAAAGCCAUCUUUUUCUGAUCAUUAUGCUCUGGUUACUGACUCCAAGCUCGACAGAGAGGAGAAAGCAGAGUAUACAAUUACAAUAUUAGCAUCUGAUGCGGGUUCCCCACCCCUCACAGCAGUUAAAGAAAUCAGUGUUGGCAUUUUAGACGUGAAUGACAAUCCACCAGUAUUCUCUCAGCCUUCCUAUACAGUGCAUGUAAAGGAGAAUUACGCACCAGGGAUCAUUUUAUGUUCCGUAUCAGCCACAGAUCAAGACCUCAUGGAUAAUGCUAAGAUCUCCUACUCCAUCCUUGACUCCAAAGUACAGGACGUGUCUGUGUCCUCCUACGUGUACAUUAACUCUGAUAACGGUACCAUCUACAGCAUGCACUCAUUUGACUAUGAGAAACUCAAAGUGUUUCAGAUUCUCGUUCAGGCGAUGGACCACGGCUCUCCCUCUCUGAGCAGCAACGUCACUGUCCAUGUGUACAUCUUGGACCAGAACGACAACACUCCGGCUGUUAUUUACCCCUCCGCUGCCCUGGGCUCGCUCUCUCACCAGAGGAUGCCACGCUUCGCUAAAGCAGGCCAUCUGGUUACUAAGGUAACGGCCGUGGACGCAGACUCUGGCCAUAACGCCUGGAUCUCAUAUAAGCUAGUGGAGGCCACUGACUCGUCUCUCUUCAGUGUCAAUCAAUACACAGGAGAGGUGAGGACUAAACGCGCCUUGUCCGAGCAGGACGACUCAUCUCAGAGGCUGCUUAUUGAGAUAAAGGACGACGGGGAGCCGAUCCAGUCCGCCACAAUUACAGUGGCCAUACUGGUAGAGCACGGGCUCCAGGAACCCAUAUUGGACCUCCGACAAAAGGCGCCGGAGACUAGCAAGAAAAGUGGGAGAAUCACCCUAUAUUUGAUACUCUCUCUGGCCUCGGUUUCCGUUCUGUCUCUGCUGACUUUUGUCAUUUUAGCCGUCAAGUGUGUAAGAAAUGGCAGAAACGGUGGUAGUUGCUGCAUGAGACUGGACGACAUUGACAGCUACAAGAACCCAAACAGAAACCUUCAGAUCCAGCUCAACACUGACGGCCCCAUUAAGUACGUGGAGGUCCUGGGAGGGGACAUGUUGUCCCAGAGUCAGUCCUUCAGGUCCUGUCUUUCUCCCAUGUCAGAGUUCAGUGAUUUCACUUUUGUUAAGCCCAGCAGCACCACUGACUUUAAGGAGAUGAUCAACGUCCUUGACGCGUCUUUACCGGAUAGCGCCUGGACCUUUGAGAGCCAGCAGGUGAGCAGUGCAUUCUUAACUCUGAUCUCAGUAGAUAAAGUAUUCGCAUCUGACCUGGAUUUCGGGGAUAAUGCUAAGAUCUCCUACUCCAUCAUAGACUCCAAAGUACAGGACGUGUCUGUGUCCUCCUACGUGUACAUUAACUCUGAUAACGGUACCAUCUACAGCAUGCACUCAUUUGACUAUGAGAAACUCAAAGUGUUUCAGAUUCUCGUUCAGGCGAUGGACCACGGCUCUCCCUCUCUGAGCAGCAACGUCACUGUGCAUGUGUUCAUCUUGGACCAGAAUGACAACGCUCCGGCUGUUAUUUACCCCUCCGCUGCCCUGGGCUCGCUCUCUCACCAGAGGAUGCCGCGUUCCGCUAAAGCAGGCCAUCUGGUUACUAAAGUAACGGCCGUGGACGCAGACUCUGGCCAUAACGCCUGGAUCUCAUAUAAGCUAGUGGAGGCCACUGACUCGUCUCUCUUCAGUGUCAAUCAAUACACAGGAGAGGUGAGGACUAAACGCGCCUUGUCCGAGCAGGACGACUCAUCUCAGAGGCUGCUUAUUGAGAUAAAGGACGACGGGGACUCGGUCCAGUCUGCCACAGUUACAGUGGCCAUACUGAUAGAGGACGGGAUCCAGGAACCAAUAUUGGACCUCCGACAAAAGGCGCCAGAGGCAAGCAAGAAAAGUGGGAGAAUCACCCUAUACUUGAUACUUUCUCUGGCCUCGGUGUCAGUUCUGUCUCUGUUGACUUUUGUCAUCAUAGUGGUAAAGUGUGUUAGGAACAGGAGAAGCAGCGGUAGUUGCUGCCUGACACCGGACGACUUUGACAGCUACAAGAACCCCAACAGAAACCUGCAAAUCCAGCUCAACACUGACGGCCCUAUUAAGUACGUGGAGGUCCUGGGAGGGGACAUGUUGUCCCAGAGUCAGUCCUUCAGGUCCUGUCUUUCUCCCAUGUCAGAGUUCAGUGAUUUCACUUUCGUUAAGCCCAGCAGCACCACUGACUUUAAGGAGAUGAUCAACGUCCUUGACGCGUCUUUACCGGAUAGCGCCUGGACCUUUGAGAGCCAGCAGGUUGUCAUCGAGAACCCGUUACAACUGUAUCGCAUAGAGGUGGAAAUACGGGACAUAAAUGACAAUUCGCCUAGUUUCUUCACGAAGGAACUAACAUUGAAAAUAGCGGAAUCGACUGCCACAGUAUCCGCAUCUGACCUGGAUUUCGGGGAUAAUGCUAAGAUCUCCUACUCCAUCCUUGACUCCAAAGUACAGGACGUGUCUGUGUCCUCCUACGUGUACAUUAACUCUGAUAACGGUACCAUCUACAGCAUGCACUCAUUUGACUAUGAGAAAAUCAAGGUAUUUAAGAUUCUCGUUCAGGCGAUGGACCACGGCUCUCCCUCUCUGAGCAGCAACGUCACUGUGCAUGUGUUCAUCUUGGACCAGAAUGACAACGCUCCGGCUGUUAUUUACCCCUCCGCUGCCCUGGGCUCGCUCUCUCACCAGAGGAUGCCACGCUUCGCUAAAGCAGGCCAUCUGGUUACUAAGGUAACGGCCGUGGACGCAGACUCUGGCCAUAACGCCUGGAUCUCAUAUAAGCUAGUGGAGGCCACUGACUCGUCUCUCUUCAGUGUCAAUCAAUACACAGGAGAGGUGAGGACUAAACGCGCCUUGUCCGAGCAGGACGACUCAUCUCAGAGGCUGCUUAUUGAGAUAAAGGACGACGGGGACUCGGUCCAGUCUGCCACAGUAACAGUGGCCAUACUGAUAGAGGACGGGAUCCAGGAACCCAUAUUGGACCUCCGACAAAAGGCGACAGAGGCAAGCAAGAAAAGUGGGAGAAUCACCCUAUACUUGGUACUCUCUCUGGCCUCGGUGUCAGUUCUGUCUCUGUUGACUUUUGUCAUCUUAGUGGUAAAGUGUAUUAGAAACAAGAGAAGCAGCGGUAGUUGCUGCUUUAGACUGGACGACUUUGACGGCUACAAGAACCCCAACAGAAACCUGCAAAUCCAGCUCAACACUGACGGCCCUAUUAAGUACGUGGAGGUCCUGGGAGGGGACGUGUUGUCUCAGAGUCAUUCCUUCAGGUCCUGUCUUUCUCCCAUGUCAGAGUUCAGUGAUUUCACUUUCGUUAAGCCCAGCAGCACCACUGACUUUAAGGAGAUGAUCAACGUCCUAGAUGCUUCUUUACCCGACAACGCGUGGACGUUUGAGAGUCAGCAGGUGAGCAGUUAA